AUGGCACCAAGAAAACGUUCUACGUCAAAAACCAGUUCAAGUUCUUCAUCAACGGAACGAUCACGUUCACGAAGUCGUACACGUUCAAAAACCCGAAGCCGCAGUAAAACUUAUUCACCAGAACGUGGCGAAGAGGGACGUCUUCAUGUGGCGAAUAUUGAUGAGUCUGUACGCGCACGAGAUUUGGAAGAAGCAUUUUCGCGUUUUGGAAAACUCUCCGAAGUUUGGGUAGCAAGUUAUCCACCACUUUUUGCAUUUGUAGUAUUCAAGAAUAAAUCGGAUGCAAAUGAAGCAUUAGCAGCACUCAAUAACACAUACAUUCGUAACUGUCGAGUGCGCGUAUCGGUGGCUUUACCCCGAGUUCGUGCUCACGACCGCUAUCGUUUUGGUGGUGGUGGUUAUGGAGGUGGUUAUUAUGGUGGUGGCGGUUAUGGCAGAUAUGGAGGUUACGGCGGCAGUCGGUAUGGUGACUAUGGACGUUACGGCGGGUAUGGUCGAGAUCGAGACAGACGACGAUCACCGCCACGCCGAGAACGCGAACGUCGCAGAAGGUGUGGUAACGCUUAUGCAUUGUUUUGGGGUGAGAGGAGGCGAUAUGGAGAAAAAAAGGAAAAAGCUAGUGGGUAUAAUCGCAUUUACAUGUUGGCUGCAAAAAUGAUUCUGAAAUGCAUUUCAGGUCCCGUACUCGCUCACGGUCGCGUUCACGCUCUUCUUCUUCUCACAGUCGUUUUUGAAAUGGAACAAAAAAAUUUGCUAAUGGGAGGUGUUUCUUGUUUGCAGCUUUAUGAUUUUACCACAUUACUGAAUUCCCUGUCAUCUAUGGCUAACAUUUGUACUGAUUGGGAUCGAAAAUCGGAAUAUGAUGACGGAUUAGCCAGUCGUAAUCAUAGCCUACCUCGGGAUAUCGCUUGUAGGCAAGAGGAGUGUCAACAGUCAUAUAGUAUGUCUUUUUUUUGUUCUCAAGUUGAAGGAAAAUGUGAGAUGGGAAAAGCGGACUAUUAUGACAAUUUGGUAGUAAGUGAUGAUAUAUUGAUGUCGAAGCAGCUUUGUCAAGCAUAUGGGGUCAAUGUUGGAAGCAGUGAGAACAUAAGUGUGAGAUUGAAUAGCACCAAAUCUGAUGAAACUUCUAUUGGGUCUUUGAAGAAGUUGCCAGGAAAAAGUUACAUUAUUGCAUCAUCAGGGAAUAAAGCAGAGAAAUGCGAGCAAAAUUUGAAGGAAUUGACAAAUCGUCAAAAAUUCUUGAAACUUUGCAAUGUCAAAAACCAAAGCGAUAAUUCAGAUCGGUUAAGCCUUAUCUCCUUUGCUCAUGAUAGAAUCAAGCCGAUUAAUUAUAAAAACAUGCAGGAAAUCAGUUUUCGUGAUCUGAUUUCAACAAAUGUGGGCGGUACUUCAUGUUUAUCAGAAGACAGUUCACCAUUUCAUAAACAUUUUGGUGAUGGUGACAAGAGCUCGAAUUCAAUAUAUCCACGUAUUUCGACUCGAUGGCAUACAUUAGCUUGUGACAGAGUUACAGACACAAUAGAAAAAGGACCGUUAUUACUGCAUUCGACAGUAUGUGAUUCCAGCUGCAGUACAAGUUUAACCGAAUACGAUCCAAACCUUAUAGCAAAUUUUGACUGUCGCACUCGAAAAACUGUGAUAAAAUUCAAUGGAUAUGUAAGUACAGUAAUGCAUUAUCAGCCAGAAACGAAACGUUUAAUAAACGAAGCAUUUCGAUUACGUUUCCCACAUGUUCACGUUUCCUUUAGCAAAAUUAAAAGUAUUAAGCGAGAGCUUCAUCAAAUAGCUGUUGCAUGCAAUUUAGAAGACACUACAACCGCACACGCCUAUGUUUUCUACGAGAAAGUACUUUUGAAGGGCUUAGUGUGUAAAAUGAACCGAAAACUGGUGGCUGGAGCAGCUCUUCUCGUUGCUGCAAAAAUUACCGAUUUUGGAUCUGUAUGUGUAUCCGAUGUUGUAAACCACUUGGAAUCAUCAUUACGGAUCAACCGCAAAGAACUCUUGCGAUAUGAGAUACCACUCUGUGCAGCACUUAGUUUCGAUUUGAGAGUACCUGUUUGGCAGCUCUUACCGCAUUAUCAAAGGAUCGCUUUAACAAUAUUAUGA